CCAAACAAAUCCCCUCUUCUCUCACUCCCCUCCCUGAAAACCCUCCUCCCUUUCCCUCUAACCCCAUUUUCUCACCCAUCCCAACUCUCUCUCUCUCUCCACUUUCUCACCCAGAAAGAAAAUUACCCAAUUCACAAACUUUCCCAAUUUCAAACAAGAAAACAAUCCCAACCCAAUUCUCUUCUCCCAAGCAGCAACAAUCAAACCCUAUUCAAUUUCACAAACAGAAUGUCAGGCGGGGUUGGUCCAUGCAGUGACAUACGUCUCCCACAUGAAGAAGAAGAUGCGAAAACAAGUCAUGACACUUCCUUCUCAAAGAGCGGCCAAAAGCCUCACGCCCCCAAGAGCUUACUCACUCUCCGGCAGCUCAACGUCCUCGCCGUCAUCGUCGUCCUCGCCGCCAGCGGCAUGGUGAGCGCCACCGACUUCGCUUUCGUCAUCUUCUCUUUCAUCUACAUGGCCUUCCUUUCCAAGGUUGCAUUCCCAGCUCUCUCCCCUUCCACCGAACCCCCAGUUUUUGGCCAAAACAAUAGGGUUUUGGGCCUCUACGUGACGUUCGCCGCCGUUAUCGGACUUUUCCUUCCGAUAGCUUACAUUUUCGAGGGCAUAGUUGAAGGUGACAAGGAGGGCAUCAAAGCAGCAGCUCCGCACGUCUUCCUGCUAGCCAGUCAGGUGUUCAUGGAAGGAGUGACUUUCAGGGACUGUUUUUCGCUGCCCAUUCGGGUUUUCGUGCCGGUGAUCUACAAUUCAAUCAGGAUUUUCUCAAUUAUGGACUGGCUGAGCAGUGAAUUCUCGAAAGUGAAGGAUGAGUAUGGUGGAAGUGCAAGGAGGUUGUAUGUUGGAAGAGGGCUUGCUAUUGCUAAUAUGGCUUUAUGGUGCUUCAAUCUCUUUGGGUUUCUGUUGCCUGUUUAUCUUCCCAAGGCUUUCAAGAUAUACUAUUCUAAGCUUUUGAAAAAAAAUUAGGGUUUGUGGUAUAUGCAGAUAUGCACAUCAUGGAUCAUAUAUGUGCCUAAUUACAUAAGUGCAAGUAUGCAUUUGUAGUGAAUUUUAGAUUUCUCUGUAAUGUUUCUCUUUUGUUUAUGGAAAUAUGUAUUUCAAGCUCAUGUAUUGUGAAUUAUUGAUAGGUGCAUAAUAAAGGCACUCAUCUUUUAUCA